GGGGCAGGGUGGGACCGGGCUCAGAUCAGAGGCCUCUGGCCUUACUCGAUCUUUAAGGGACUUUGUCCGGUUUCUCGAACUUAAUUGGCUCUUCAGAGAUUUUAGUAAUAAAUUGCGUGAGAACUGGAGGGCGGUGUAAUCUGAAACUCUGGGUCGAAAUUGUGUUUACUAUAACCAAGUAAGGGUGUGUGCGUGUGUGUAUGUGUAGAGGUGUGUGUGUGUAGUAGGUGUAGAUCCCUUUUCCCUCUUAAGAUGAAGUUAGUAUGUGGAUCGUCACAGUGAAGAGAGCUAUGUUUUGGUUUAAAAGGUUAAUAGAAGCUCAAAAGUAGAAACCAGAAACUGAAAGGCAGAUUUACUCUCUCCCCACUUGGCUACCUGGGUUGAGAACUUUGCCAUAUCCUUCUCUUUUGGCUCAGAAGGUCAUGUGAAUGAAAAUAAACCUGCCUAUGCAAAUUAUGGAGGGAAUAAUCCUGGCUCAAUUCCCCCUCCCAUAUCCCUCUUAGUAUUCCCCUCCCACUUUUUUUUUUUUUUUUUUAAUGUGAGAGUGAUAGGGAAAUCAGAUUUCAAAGUUGAGGAAACAAAGGCAUUAUGGUUUUCUGUGAAGUGGUGGCCUGUUCGUGUUCCUUGUGACCUUUUACACUCUCAUCCGUUAAUAAUAUACCCCUCCCUUUUAGAAGUGGGAGGGGACAGGGAUUGUAGGCAGUUUUCUCCUGAGAGAUGGGCAACCAACUUUCCUUUAAGAUAGGAAAUGGACUUAUGCUAAAAAUAGAAGCUGGGUAGUGUGUAUGGAGUUGGGGGGGGAGGGGUUAGUAAAUCAGACGUAAAAUAUUUUGGGUGCUCUGUGCAUUGUUUGCUUAUCCACAACAACCCAUGUUUUAGGAUAUUGAAAGUUUUAUUUACAGAAACAGGGAUCCUUUGAUCAUUUGUGAGCAACGCUUCCUUUCAUAGUUGUGUCUAUAAAAGGUGUUUGUUCAGGGAGUAUAAUAAUUGACUUAUAUUUCUUCCUGUAAAAGUGGACUUUUAAUGUGUUUCCUCCCUUCUGCCUUGAUCAUGGUAUGAAAAUUAUGGAAUUUUAUCCUGUUGCUCUUGUGAUUCCCAUUUCAGGUUUCUCUGGAAACCCCCCUGGUAAGUGUGGAGGAGGCGGGACACUCUGACCCAAGACAAAAGGCCUGUAGCUCCAGCCAAAGAAAAUAAACCUUAGGAGAGAGAAGGAAAAAAAAAAAAACACACCCAUCAGCUGUUCCUGAGAACAGCCUACAGUGGAAUCUACAGAGAGGACAACUAACGUGAGUGAGGAAGUGACUGUAUGUGGACUGGAGACAGUAAGUCACGUGGGCCCUGAGGGCCUUGGACUGGGUUAGGAACUGUUGUACUUUCAGAGGUGAGGUGUUGAGAAGGGAAAAGUGAAUGUGGUCUGGAGUGUGGCCUUGGCUCCACGGGGUGUGCUUUCCUCUGAGGCCAUCAGGGAGCUCAGCCCCUGUUUUGCCAGGGUGGGGUACAGGGUUUCGCACUGAGGUGGGUAACUUGCUGGCUGGAGCAGCAGAGCAGUGGCCUUGAUUUGUCUUUUGGAAGAUUUAAAAACCAAAAAGCAUAAACAUUGUGGUCCUUCAGCAAUGCUUUCUCUGAAGAAAUACUUAACGGAAGGACUCCUUCAGUUCACCAUUCUGCUGAGUUUGAUUGGGGUGCGGGUGGACGUGGAUACUUACCUGACCUCACAGCUUCCCCCGCUCCGGGAGAUCAUCCUGGGGCCCAGUUCUGCCUAUACUCAGACCCAGUUCCACAACCUGAGGAAUACCUUGGAUGGCUAUGGUAUCCACCCCAAGAGCAUAGACCUGGACAAUUACUUCACUGCUCGGCGGCUCCUCAGUCAGGUGAGGGCCCUGGACAGGUUCCAGGUACCAACCACUGAGGUAAACGCCUGGCUGGUCCACCGGGAUCCGGAGGGGUCUGUCUCUGGCAGCCAGCCCAGCUCAGGCCUUGCCCUCGAGAGUUCCAGUGGCCUCCAAGAUGUGACAGGCCCAGACAACGGGGUGCGAGAAAGCGAAACGGAGCAGGGAUUCAGUGAAGAUUUGGAGGAUUUGGGGGCUGUAGCCCCUCCAGUCAGUGGAGACUUAACCAAAGAGGACAUAGAUCUGAUUGACAUCCUUUGGCGACAGGAUAUUGACCUUGGGGCUGGGCGUGAGAUUUUUGACUAUAGUAACCGCCAGAAAGAGCAAGAUGUGGAUAAGGAACUGCAAGAUGGAGUGGAGCAGGAGGACACCUGGCCAGGCGAGGGCACAGACGUUCUGGGACGAAACCUGCUAGUGGAUGGAGAAACUGGGGAGAGCUUCCCUGCCCAGUUUCCAGCAGACAUUUCCAGCUUAACAGAAGCAGUGCCUAGUGAGAGUGAGCCCCCAGGUCUUCAGAAUAACCUCUUGUCUCCUCUCCUGACGGGGACAGAGUCACCAUUUGAUUUGGAACAGCAGUGGCAAGAUCUCAUGUCCAUCAUGGAAAUGCAGGCCAUGGAAGUGAACACAUCAGCAAGUGAGAUUCUGUACAGUACCCCUCCUGGAGACCCACUGAGCACCAACUACAGCCUUGCCCCCAACACUCCCAUCAAUCAGAAUGUCAGCCUGCAUCAGGCAUCCCUGGGGGGCUGCAGCCAGGACUUCUCGCUCUUCAGCCCCGAGGUGGAAAGCCUGCCUGUGGCCAGCAGCUCCACACUGCUUCCGCUGGUCCCCAGCAAUUCUACCAGCCUCAACUCCACCUUUGGCUCCAACCUGGCAGGCCUCUUCUUUCCGCCCCAGCUCAAUGGCACAGCCAAUGACACGGCAGGCCCUGAGCUGCCUGACCCACUGGGGGGUCUGUUAGAUGAAGCGAUGCUGGAUGAGAUCAGCCUAAUGGACCUGGCCAUUGAAGAAGGCUUUAACUCUGUGCAGGCCUCCCAGCUUGAAGAGGAAUUUGACUCUGACUCAGGCCUCUCCUUGGACUCUAGCCAUAGCCCUUCCUCCCUGAGCAGCUCAGAAGGCAGCUCUUCCUCCUCUUCUUCCUCCUCCUCCUCCUCUGCUUCUUCCUCAGCCUCUUCCUCCUUUUCCGAGGAAGGUGCUGUUGGCUACAGCUCAGACUCUGAAACCCUGGAUCUAGAAGAGGCAGAGGGCGCUGUGGGCUAUCAACCUGAGUAUUCCAAGUUCUGUCGCAUGAGCUACCAGGAUCCGUCACAGCUCUCCUGCCUGCCCUAUUUGGAGCAUGUGGGCCACAACCACACGUACAACAUGGCGCCCAGUGCCCUUGACUCUGCUGACCUGCCACCGCCCAGCGCCCUCAAGAAAGGCAGCAAGGAGAAGCAGGCUGACUUCCUGGACAAGCAGAUGAGCCGGGAUGAGCAUCGAGCACGAGCCAUGAAGAUCCCCUUCACCAAUGACAAAAUCAUCAACCUGCCUGUGGAGGAAUUCAAUGAGCUGCUGUCCAAAUACCAGCUCAGUGAAGCCCAGCUGAGCCUCAUCCGGGACAUCCGGCGCAGGGGCAAGAACAAGAUGGCAGCGCAGAACUGCCGAAAGCGCAAGCUGGACACCAUCCUGAACCUAGAGCGGGAUGUGGAGGACCUGCAGCGUGAUAAAGCCCGACUACUGCGAGAGAAGGUGGAGUUCCUCCGGUCUCUGCGGCAAAUGAAGCAGAAGGUCCAGAGCUUGUACCAGGAGGUGUUUGGGCGGCUGCGAGAUGAGAAUGGGCGACCCUACUCGCCCAGUCAGUAUGCUCUUCAGUACGCUGGGGAUGGCAGUGUCCUCCUCAUUCCUCGCACCCUGGCCGACCAGCAGGCCCGGCGGCAGGAGAGGAAGCCAAAGGACCGGAGAAAGUGAGCCUGGGGAGGAAGGGGGGUUGACACCAAGAUCGAAACUGGAGAAGGGCUGGGCCUGGACCUGGACCUACAAGAGGGGACUUGAAUGCCUUCUUAAUCCAAUAGAUCUCCUCAGAUGGGAUGACUGGGUCAGUGGACAGGAAGAGGCACAGGCACAGGCGCUGUCUGGCUCAGCUUCCCCCACUGGGGAGGGUGGAAGUUGCCAGACUGUUUGGGUGGAUAAGGUCCUCACCCAUCCCCCUUUCCUUUGAGGGUAGGGGUGGGGUGGUGAAGGCAUUGAUGGAGGCGGACAAAGGGGAAGGAAGGGACUUGGGAGAGGAAGUAGUAGGAAGUCUCAUUCCAGGAAGGAAAGAAACCAAAAAAAAUCAAAGCUGGAAGUAGUGCAGGUUAAGAUUGAAUCUCACCAGGAUUCCAGGCAGCAGGUUUUAGGUGGGACUAGGUCAUUGGUGUGAAUAAACCCCACUUCACCCCAGGGGAGGAACACAGACAGGGUGGGUUCUGGGAGGGGCUUUGUGAACUCUUUCUGCUCCCACACUUUGGCAUCUCUGAAGGGGAGCUCUUAGAUAACUCCUUGAAUGUUUCAACACGGGAGCCACUGGGACCCAGCAGUAGCUUGGAGGGUUAGGGUUAAAGGGUAGAGUGAACAGGAAAGGUCCCCGUGUUGCAGCAGCCCCAACACCAAGCAUGUCACUCACUGCCCUGCCACUCCAUCACCCUUGGUGCCCAGUCACCCCUGAGCUGAGGUUCCCAUGACUCCAUCAGAGCCUGCAUGCAAAUGCUGUUCUCUUCCCCGCCCCUCACCGGCUGCCCAGAGGUUUUCUGCAGCUGUAUGCUGGCAGUGCCCCCAGUGAUGGGCCUACAGCCUUCUGGGGGCUGCUCUGAGGCAGGGGGUGGUGUGGAGAAGCCAGGCAGUAUUCAGCACAACACUGGGGAGUGACCCCUCAGGCCUCCCACCACCAACUGGGCCUGUCACUGGAAAAGAAAACUCUGAAACCCAGCAACAACAAAAUACUAGUCCUCUUAGAGUUUCUUGCGCCUUGAUUUUUUUUUUUAGGGCUUGAGCCCUGUUUCACUUAUAGGGUCUAGAAUGCUUGUGUUGAGUAAAAAGGAGAUACCCCAAUAUUCAAAGCUGCUAAAUGUUCUCUUUGCCAUAAAGACUCCGUGUUAACUGUGUGAA